GGUAACGGAUGUGCAGUGGGUGUCUGAGAGAGGAGGAGGUUUGUGAAAGGCUUCACGUUUCCUCGCGAAUGCGGUGUUUGAGAGCGCAACGCGACGGCCGUGCCGCGUACAGCAGCGCUGUGAGUGCGCGAACCGAUGGAAACUAGCGUUCCUGCUUCAGCUUAGCCAACUUUCUGCUGUCGCUGUCAGGGCAGUGUGCAUAGGAGAGACAGCGAUCCGCUUGCUUCUUCGAGAGAGCACAGCCUGGCUGGACACGAAGUGCUGCCUAUACGCGAGUGAUGUUGCAAAGAGCCCAUGUCUGCACGCUGGUCGGUGUUUUGCAUAACCGUCGGGCAUAUCUGAACAUCUGGAUACCGUAUUAGCCAUUUGGUCAUCACUCCAAGAGAAGACAUCAAGGGGUCGUCGAAGUCAAGAAAUGGAGUCCUGGGCCUCGCAUGGAGUUGGCAGUGGCCACGAGCUGCAAAUUGUCCGCAUUAGUGAAGAGUGCAUCGAACUGGACGAGGGUGCGCUGAGGCGCCUCCUACUGAACGAACGCGUUAGGGACAAGCCCGUGGCUGUUGUGUCCGUGGCCGGCGCCUUUCGCACGGGGAAGUCCUUCCUGCUGGGGUUCUUCCUGCGGUACCUGCAGCAUUCGGACCGAAGCUCCUGGCUGGAGGAUCGGGAUGCCCCACUACGAGGCUUCGAUUGGCGCGCUGGCUGCGAACGGCACACAACGGGCAUUCUGGUGUGGAACGAAGUCUUUCUGGUAAAGACAUCUCAAGGCCACGAAAUCGCCGUGCUCCUAAUGGACACCCAAGGAAUGCACGACGAUCACUCUACGAUCAAGGAAUCGGCCACCAUCUUCGCCCUGAGCACAAUGAUGAGCUCGGUGCUGGUCUACAACCUUUCUCAAAACAUUCUUGAAAGCGACCUCCAUUAUUUACAGCUCUUUGCCGACUACGGUCGACUUGCGCAGCAGCAAAGUCCCGGGAAGCCUUUUCAAAAGCUACUAUUCUUGGUGCGGGACUGGUAUCACCUAAGCGACGCGGAAUAUGGUAAUGACGGUGGACGCAAAAUACUGGACCGACGUCUGCAGAUAUCAGAUCAACCCAAGCAGCUGCAGGAGCUGCGGCAGUACAUUCACUCCUGUUUCACGAACAUCGACUGCUUCCUGUUGCCGCAUCCUGGCACAAAGGUGGCGACGGGUACAUCGUUUGACGGCCGCUUGUCGGAAAUUGAGGAGGAGUUCAAGGAACAACUGCAGAACUUGGUUCCUUCACUGCUAGCUCCGGACAACCUGACAGUCAAGAAGAUAAAUGGUGAAGUCCUCACUUGCGGAGAAUUUCACAUCUAUAUGAAAGCAUAUGUAGGUGUGUUCAAUAGAGGCGAACUUCCCGAGCCAAUGUCAGUGCUACAGGCGACGGCUAGAGCCAACAACUUAGCGGCGGUUUUGAAAGCGCUGAAGUUGUACACGACUAGGAUGACCCAGCGGUGCAGAGGAGGGAAGAUGAGUGCGAAAAGGCUCAGAGACUACCACAACGAAGAGCGGGAAAACGCCCUGACGAAGUUCCAGAAUAUUGCCAAAAUGGGAGGUGAUCAAUUUUCGCAGCCGUACCUGGAUAAGCUCAAACAGGAAAUCGACGAGUGGUUCCAGGACUUCAUGAGCAGAGUGGCGCUGAAAUCGUGCCUGGAGACGAAUCGCUCCAAGACAGCGCAGCUUGGCGGUGCAAUAGUCCUGUCAGCCGGCGCGGGAAUUUCCCUGGCGGCAGGUGCCCAUGUUGCGGUUCCCGCCGUUCUCGUGUGCGGGGUGCUUGGAUUAUUGAUAACCCUCGCGGUGACCGGACUCAAGGGCUGUGUGAGCGGCGAGAAAGAGAGCCGUCAAAUGGAUGAAAGGCUUCGUUUAGUGGAACUCCACGACGAAUUGCUUGACGGGCCUCGAGGAGCCCCCGAUGAGUCGACCAGGAACGUAAGAAGAAGACAAGCCACCCCCGAGGCCAAUGAUUUCAAUACAAUCGAUGUGGAGGUCGUCCAGCCGCUAGGCAACAACGAGGUGAAGCGGAAAGGUAAAAAGAAGAACUUCAUCAGGCGCUUCUUCACCAAGAAGCGGAGGAAUUCGCGUGGACCGACUGAACUUGACCGACUGAAACAGUGCUGAAUCAAGUUGCGGUCGGUUACAAGCUAAGAAUGAAUUCAACCUCGUCCCACAGGAAAACCGCAUACGUCUCAUCCUAUUGCGAUAGCUCAAUAACGUGACGUCAACAACUUUUCGUGUAUUUCAAAUAUGCGGCAUUCCCAUGCAGGUACAAGUUCGUGUCGAUAAUUCUUGACCGAAAACAAACUUCCUGACAAACUCCUGCCCAGCAAAACGCAACAUAUUAUCAAGGGAGUGACGAACAUUUCAUUCAUGAUUUGCCCAUUUACAUUAGCGGUUAAAACGUACUCAUAAUUAAACGGAUACCACCAAACACGACUAUUUAGCACAAAUGUAUGACAGGCACGCUGCAAUAUUGGAGGCGGGGCUUGUAUUUAUUUUAGGUUGUAACCGACUGCAUACUUGGUGUGAAGAUGAGUGCGUCUGCUGUUGUGAAUCAACCGAAGCACCAAAAGAAUGUCCAGUGUUUGUGCCACCACUCUCUACGGUGUCCAGUACUGUGCACGGAACCGUAUCUCUUUGUGCCAUGCAAAAGUGAACGUCCGACCAAAUUUGGCGUCACCACCAUACUCAUGUUUUUAUUCGUGUUCUACAACUGUCUUUGAGGAGCCCUGCACCAUCAGUGAGUGAUUGUAGUUCUGCAUACUGUGUGUGUGUGUGUGUGCCUUGUGCUCCCUCUCUUUCUCUCUUGUCUCACUAUAACCCAUAUUCUCUUACAACAAAUAUAGGGUAGUAAAUUGGAGGCUCCUUUUGUAGACCUCCCCUACCUUGCACCCCA